AUGGAACGAGAUGGGGACAAUGAUGUUGCUGGAAGCAUCCCUGAGUUUGGUGCAAUUUUCAUGUCAAAUAUUGCAACAAAGAAGGAGUGCUUCAAACGUAAGGUUUUUGGCCUGCCAUCUUCCUUGGCUGAAUUUGUAAGAAAGGUUAAAGCUGGAAUGAUUUUAUUCCUGUUUGAAUAUGAGAAGAGAGAACUUUUUGGAGUUUAUCAGGCCUGUUCUGAUGGUGCAAUGGAUAUUGUACCCCACUUGUGUAAUAAUUUAGGAAUGAAAUUCCCUGCACAGGUCCAUUUUAGGCCAAUAUGGUACUGUAAUCCACUUUCUGAAAAAGAUUUUCGAGACGCUAUCUACGAUAAUUACUAUUCAGCAAAGAAAUUCAACUUUGGUCUGUCCGAAGAUCAGGUUCACAGGCUAGUAUUUUUAUUCAGUUCAAGAAAGUUGAAAAACAAACUUCCACGUCAGCCAUUAACAAAAUUAGUCAACAAAGCAGUUGGUGAAGAAAGAAGAUUGAUAGAUGAUGACCGCUUUGCAUUAGUUAAGAAAGCAGAUAUGCGACGUAGUAAAGAAGAUUUUAUUGAGCCAGGCAUGUCUGGUGAUUACCUAGGGAACUUGCUGAAUAGAUCCAAAGAACCAAAAGAUGACGAAUUCAAUUCUGUGGCUCAUGGCUCAUUGACCGGUUACGCUAGUGAAUGUCUAGAUAGAAGAGCAGAUAAUGAUGGCAGGUUAUUGAGGAAUGAUCUGCUGAAAAAUAGACUCCACGAUGAUCGUGGCACCUUGGGGUCCUUCCGCUUUGGUAGUCCAGAGGAUACAUUUGAUGAAGUGAGGAGAUUAGCUGAUGGUGGCCGGUUAUUAACAGGUGAGGUGGUAAAUGAUAAAUUUCGAGUGGAUAGUGAUCUUGAUUCUAUCCACUUCAAAGAGUAUCCUGUGGGCCUGUUAGAUAUGAAAGCGGAUGAUGACGACAAGAUUAAUGUGAGGAAUAGGACUGUGGGUGCAUAUGACACGGACGAUCGUUUUGGAUCAGCAUUUUCAACUGAGCACCAUGGGAAGGUUUUGUACAGUAGCAGACUUGGCAUCAAUGGUGACAGGUUUUUGAUUGGUGAUCAUGGAGAAAAAGAAUACAAUCACCAUCAUACUAUUGAACCUGUUGGCUCUAAUGUUGGUAACCUAGAUGAAAGAUUAGAGAAUAGACACGGCAUGGAUUGUAUUAGCAGCCCUGAUAGUGCAUCUGAAAGCCUUGGCUCUCUGCAUAAAAUAAGAAAAGCAACUGGAGAUCGUUGGUUUGCUAUGAAUGAAAGAAUAGGGAGCGGGGCUAAUUUGGGUUCUCAUUUGGGGCGAGGCUUCUCAACUGAAAAUUUUGGGAACCCUUUGAACUCCGGUAUCAGGACUAUCAAUAAUGCAAAGAUUUCAAAAAGUGAAGGUAGAGUAUCUGACAAUAUUGUGGACAGCAUUCGUUUCUCAACCACCCUAAACAAGAACUCCGGAUAUGUCACAAAUGUAGGUGGUCGAAUGUCUGAUGAUGGUAGGUUCAGAAAUGACAAUCAGGUAGAAAUUGGACAAGCGAUUGACACUUUUGCUAGACCUGUCUUCUCGACCAAGUUUACUUCUUUGUCUAAGAUGAAGCAGAACUCACUCGUCUACCCCAACUCUCCUCACUCAACACAUCAUGAUACAACUGAUGUCCCUUAUAUUCCAGAACUUACCAGGAGCCCUCAUCAACGCUUCUCUUCUUUUGCAGCCAAUGGGAAAUCUAGUUCAGUGCAAGAAACUCCUUGUCAUGGGUCGGGAGGGAAUCACUACUUUUUAUCUAAAAGCGGGUCACCCGCAUAUGGCUUAGAGGCAGAAGGGUCAAGCAGACAUCUGGAUGUUGCAUCAGCGUACGGAAAUAAAGCUGUAUUGCCAGCUAUAUCAGAUCAUCCUAGUCAAUAUUUCUUAAAUGCAGACUUGUCUAAUCACGUGGAUAUGAAUUCCUCUGCAUACCUUGAUUAUAGAAUUUCAUCUUUUCCAAACCCUUCUUCAGCUUCCCUGCCUGCCUUGAGGAGUGAAAUUUUUGAACAAGAUAAAGGAUCGGGCUCUUAUACGUUAAACUCCAUGGAGGAUCCUAAUUCUGGAAAGAGUGGAAAUUUUUCUUUGACGUCAGGAGGCAUGUGUCAGCGCAUCAUUUAUCCUGAGGUUGACAAAACUUUAGCUGGCCAAGAUUUUCCUUAUUCUGAUAAACAAGAUUCAAGUUUAGACAUGUACCACCAUGAAGAAGAUUCUUUGAAUUGUGACAAGGACUUCAAAAGCUCGAAAGAAAAUAUUAUCAGUUAUGAGGAGCACCAUAGGCAUUCAAAAGCUCCAAGUAAAGAUUCAAAUAGCAAUAGACGAAGUGUUUUUACUCGCUUAACUUCAGGUCCUGUAGCCCAGGUCCAAGAAGAAGAAGAAAACAAUAAUUAUGUUUAUUAUGAUGAAUGUUAUAUGGAUUCAUCGGUUAAUGAAGUCAUGGGCUUGUUGCAUCAGGGUCUCAACAAUAGGGUGAGAGAGGGGAAAAAGCUGAAGAGAUGCAAACCAUUUCAUAGUGGAUGUAAUUAUGAAAGUGGUUUGGAUGAGAGACGAGCCUUUGUUGAUAGUAAUAUAGAGGUUGAUCAGUCAAUGACAGCAAGAUAUGUGAAGGAUGUAUAUGGAGCCAUUGAUGAGAAUAUCAAUGAAGUGCUGAAAGAGACAAGGGCAGUGGAUUUCAAGCGUCGGAGUGAAACAAAGAGAAUAUUGAUAGAAACUAGCACUAAGUCAAAUCCUUCAGUAGCAGAAGGUAUGAUUUCUCUAAUGGAUGCAGAGGUUGACAGCUUGGCUCAUAAAUCAUGCAAGCGUAGGAAGUUGGUAAGACCUAUCUUUACUAAAAAUGAUUCAGUUGAUGAAGGUGUAGUUAGUAAUCCAAGUGACAAUUGUGAGACUGUUCUUAAUGCGCCUGAAGCCAAAGAAGCCAAAAUGCUCAAUCCCGAUACCGAGUUGAGCAAUAUGAUAUCAAAAAGAAGUCAUGAACUUGGUGAUGCUAACAUAACAAUACCCACCGUAUACGCAGCAUUUGGAUUAAAGAAACUGAAUCAUCCCUUACUCUGUUUUAAGCAAACUAUUCGAAUGGCUCAUUCAGCUCUGGAUGAGAUGUCAACAGCUGGUGCUUUCGUUAGAACUCCUUCCACUUUUCGUAAUACCAUUUCAAGAGAUCCCAAUUCUCCAUUUCCCGCAGAAGCUGGAAGGUAUCACUUGUAUAUAUCAUAUGCUUGUCCGUGGGCAUCUAGGUGCCUUGCAUACCUGAAGAUCAAAGGACUCGACAAUGCAAUCAGUUUCACUUCAGUCAAGCCCAUAUGGGGAAGGACAAAGGAUACGGAUGAUCACAUGGGAUGGGUCUUUCCAACUUCUAGUACAGAGGAACCGGGAGCUGAUCCCGACCCUUUAAAUGGUGCCAAAAGUAUAAGAGAACUGUACGAGAUUGCAAGCAAGAAUUACUCGGGAAAAUAUACAGUUCCUGUGCUUUGGGAUAAGAAGCUGAAAACAGUCGUAAACAAUGAGAGCUCAGAUAUAAUUCGCAUGUUUAAUACUGAAUUCAAUCAUAUUGCUGAGAAUGCAGCUCUUGACCUUUAUCCUCCUCACUUGCAAGCACAAAUCAAUGAAGUGAAUGAGUGGAUAUAUGAUGGGAUUAAUAAUGGUGUCUAUAGAUGCGGGUUUGCUAAGAAACAGGAACCUUACGAAGAGGCAGUUACAAAACUGUAUGAAGCUCUAAACAGAUGCGAGGAGAUUCUCAGCAAGCAGCGAUAUUUGUGUGGAGACACACUAACUGAAGCAGAUAUUCGCUUGUUUGUGACCCUUAUAAGAUUUGACGAGGUCUAUGCGGUUCACUUCAAAUGCAACAAGAAGUUACUACGUGAAUUUCCAAAUCUGUUCAAUUACAUGAAAGACAUAUUCCAAAUCCCUGGUGUAAGCAGCACAGUCAACAUGGAACACAUUAAGAGGCAUUAUUAUGGAAGCCAUCCUUCUAUCAAUCCGUUUGGAAUCAUCCCUCAUGGUCCAAGUAUCGACUACUCUGCUCCACACGACCGGGAGCGGUUUUCGAAAUAG